AUGGCGCUGCAUGCAUUCCGUUUUGCACGCUGGUGAAAAAAUAUGGAAUGAGUAGGAAACAUUAUGUUGUUUCAUGGCAUAUUUUUUCGUUUAAGAAAUUUAAACACUAGAUUAAACAUUUUCAAAUUAUCUGCAAGAUUGAGUUAUCGUUACCAGGAAAUAAACUCACAUCCUCAUCUCUUUAGAAAUCCCCGAGAUAGUUUAUUAUUCGUAAACACGCAUAAAAAACCGGACGGAUUUCCCAAGAAUUUCUUAAUAAAUAACAGAGAGAUGUCGUCCAAAAAGGAUUUUACGGCCGACAAAGAAAACUAUCUUAAAAUGCCAAUAGAAGAAAAAAGAAAAUUAUAUAAAUGUGGAUCUGGUUACUUAACACUUGAUCAAAUUCCAAGUUGGGAUGAGUAUGCAAAAAUAAAAGGCAUUCUAACAGGUUCUAAUGAAAUUAAUAAAAAAGUAUCACUUUUUGAAGGAGAUAUCACUAGUUUAGAAAUAGAUAGUAUUGUUAAUGCUGCUAACAACAGACUUUUAGGAGGAGGAGGAGUUGAUGGAGCUAUUCAUAGAGCAGCUGGGAGUGAACUCAAAGCUGAAUGUGCAACUCUUAAUGGCUGUGAAACAGGCAAUGCAAAAAUUACAGGAGGUUAUAGAUUACCUGCCAAGUAUGUUAUACACACUGUUGGUCCUAUUGGAGAAAAACCAGACAAAUUAGCAAGUUGUUAUCAGACAUCUUUAAAUCUUGUAAAAGAAAACAAUUUGAGAUCAGUAGCUUUUCCUUGCAUAUCAACAGGAGUAUAUGGAUAUCCAAAUGAAAAAGCAGCUCAUGUUGCAAUUGAUGUGGUUCGAAAAUGGUUAAAUGAAAAUGCUAACAGUAUUGACCGAAUCAUCUUUUGUUUAUUUCUUAAAGAAGACGUAAAAAUUUAUCAUAGAUUGAUGGCUGAAUAUUUUCCAGCAUAAAAAA